AUGAAUCGGUACGGUCGGAUAUGGUGGCUGCCACUGCUACAGUGGCUCAUUCUCGGAAUUGGAAUUAGUGUGCAGGCUUGGAGCUUUGGGCCUGCUCAGUCGGAUGCCGGGCAGAAUCCUGGUCGAGUGCCCCAACCCAGCGACGUGGGUAGCACGGCCAAUCACACGAUUCUCACCAGGCAGUUGAUUGUGGGCACUUUGCUGCCGCCGCAAGUUUCGCCGGGCACCUGGCCACCAGUGCCAUCCAUAGUUAGUCCUGGAACCACAAGCUAUUGCCAGUGCGUUCCACCCGGAUCUUGUGCUAAUCCCAUACCCACUGCAUCCAGCGAUGGCAGUGGCCAACUGGACAUCAGGAUUGUCAAUAAUGGAGGAUAUCCCUCCGUACCUACAACAUCUUCUACGUUGACCUGCAAUUACGGAUUGGUGGCCUGCUGCCAGGCGGGAAGCUAUCAGUGUGGCAGAAGGUUUCCUCCACCACCCGGCGCCACUGCUGCAGGACCAGGUCAGGCCAGUUACGGAGCAUAUCCUUGGCAAGCUGCCCUGCUGACCACUGCGGAUGUUUACCUGGGCGGCGGAGCACUGAUCACCGCACAACAUGUCCUCACCGCUGCUCAUAAAGUCUACAACCUGGCACUCACUUCCUUCAAGGUUCGCCUGGGUGAGUGGGAUGCCGCCAGCACAAGUGAACCGAUUCCUGCCCAGGAUGUGUACAUCUCGAAUGUGUAUGUGAAUCCCUCAUUCAAUCCAAGCAAUCUGCAGAACGAUGUGGCCAUCCUGAAGUUGUCCACUCCCGUUUCGCUGACAAGCAAAUCCACCGUUGGCACCGUCUGCCUGCCCACCACCAGUUUUGUGGGUCAAAGAUGUUGGGUAGCUGGGUGGGGUAAGAAUGACUUUGGACCCACUGGAGCAUAUCAGGCGAUUGAGAGACAAGUGGAUGUACCACUGAUUCCCAAUGCCAAUUGCCAGGCUGCCUUGCAAGCCACACGGCUGGGCUCUUCUUUCAUCCUCAGUCCCACCAGCUUUAUUUGUGCCGGCGGAGAAGCUGGUAAGGAUGCUUGCACAGGAGAUGGGGGUUCUCCACUGGUCUGCACGAGCAAUGGGAUAUGGUAUGUUGUAGGUCUGGUGGCCUGGGGCAUCGGCUGUGCCCAGGCAGGAGUUCCUGGGGUCUAUGUAAAUGUGGGCACAUAUCUGCCCUGGAUUCAGACUACGUUAACGUUGUAAAAAUAAAACUUAAAAUGAGCAA